AGAAUGCUGAGAACACGAUUGGAUCUUUUUGGUUUAUUGGCUUGUGGGCUGGUUAUCCUGGCACCGCCCAUCAGGUCCUGCGAGACCACAACCUCAACUGCUGCUACAAAGGACUGGUGGCAAAAUGCCCAGUUCUAUCAGAUCUACCCGCGCUCCUUCAUGGACUCUGAUGGCGAUGGUAUCGGCGAUUUGAAUGGCAUCACCAGCAAACUGGAGUACCUCAAGGAUCUGGGCGUCACAGCUGCCUGGCUGUCGCCCAUUUUCACUUCGCCCAUGGUGGACUUUGGCUACGACAUAUCCGACUUCUUCGACAUCCAGCCGGAGUACGGAACUAUCGAUGACUUCAGGGCUCUGAUAAAAAGGGCCAAUGAGUUGGAUCUAAAGAUCAUCCUGGACUUCGUGCCCAACCAUUCGAGUGACGAAAACGCUUGGUUUGUGAAGUCUGUAAACCGCGAGAAGGGCUACGAGGACUACUAUGUGUGGCACGACGGCAAGGUGAAUGCCACUGGGCAGAGGGAAGCCCCUUCAAACUGGCUCCAAGCCUUCCGGGGAAGUGCCUGGGAGUGGAACGAGAAGCGCCAGCAGUACUACCUCCACCAGUUCGCAGUGCAGCAGGCCGAUCUUAACUACCGAAAUCCCCUGGUCGUGGAGCAGAUGAAGCGAGUGCUCCGCUACUGGUUGGACCUCGGAGUCGCAGGCUUCCGUUGUGAUGCCGUGCCCGUGCUCUUCGAGAUCGAACCGGAUGCAGAUGGUCAGUAUGCCGACGAGGAAGUCAGUGGACUGACGGAUGACGUCGACGCUCGCAACUACUUGAAAAGCGAUCUCAUCGAGAACCGGCCGGAGACCAUCGACAUGGCGUACCAGUGGCGUGUGGUGAUGGACGACUACCAGCGCAUCCAUGGCGGCGACACGAGGGUCCUCCUGAUUGAGACCUAUGCUCCGCCCGCCUACACAAUGCAGUUCUACGGAAAUCGAUCGGUGGCAGGAGCCCACCUGCCCUUCAACUUCAACCUGAUAACGGUCCUGGCCAGCGAUGGCUUCUCGGCGGGAUCGGUCAAGACGGCUGUGGACAACUGGAUGGACAACCUGCCAGCCGGACGCACCGCCAACUGGGUGAUUGGCAACCACGAUCAGCGAAGGGCGGCCAGCCGAUAUGGAGCGGCCAAUGCGGAUGCCAUGAACAUGUUGGUCAUGGUCCUCCCGGGAGCCAGUGUCACCUACCAGGGCGAGGAGCUUGGCAUGACCGACGGCGAGAUCAGUUGGGAGGACACCCAGGACCCGGCGGCCUGCAACUCAAACUCGCAGAUCUACGAGCAGUUCACGCGCGAUCCAUCGCGAACUCCCUUCCAGUGGACGAGUGGCACCAACGCCGGGUUCUCCACUGCAUCGAAGACCUGGUUGCCCUUGGCGGCGGACUACCAAACGGUAAACGUGGAAACGGAGCUGGCCGCUCAGCGGUCCCAUCUGAAAAUCUACAAAUCCUUGGUGGAGCUAAGAAAGACCUCGCUGCCACUGCAGAAUGGAUCCACCAAAUACGGUGUGAUCAGUGAUAAUGUGUUCGUCGUGAAGCGUUACCUCUCGGGCUCUGCAUCCAUAAUUUAUGUGGCCAACUUGGCCAGCAAGGGUGUCACCGUGAAUUUAUACGACUUCGACAAGACUCUGCCCACCCACUUGACGCUCCUCAUCCGCAGCCUGCAGUCCGCCAAAUCGGAGGGCUCGCUCUUCGAGGUCACCGGAUUGAGUCUGGCUGCCGGCGAGGCCCUGGUACUGAGCGGCAGCAGUUCUUCCCGGUCCGAUUAAAUGCGUUUCCUAUCCGAGGCACUUGAAACACACUGGUUCAGGCCACUCAAUCGGUAUUUAUCUUCGGCUCAAAGCAAAUAUGCCGUGGCUUGCAUAAAUAAAUAUAUAAGUGAAAAAC